AAGAUAACGAAGUUCCUCGCCAGUUGGGGUUAAGAUUCAGUUGUGUUAAAAUGUUAUUUUACAUAUUAGUGACUCUUUUCGUGUUGUUUACUAAAAAUAAUGCGGAACCUUCAACAACUGUAGAUGAAAUCGAGCUGCCUGGUUCAAAAUCAACAGUUAAAAUCUUCGAGGAUGUUUCUCCUUGGGAUGACAGUGAUAGAAGAAUCAGCAAAUAUCCAAAACGUCGAGCAUCAACAGACAGACAGGAUACUACAUUCAGCGAUCCUUCCACUGAAGAAAAUUUCAACCAGUACGCAUUAGAGAAAUUCCUGGACACCUACGCUGAGAAAUUUAGAAGAAAACAUUACCCAAGCAACAUGAACACCAAGUACGAAGACAACGAACAAUCAACAGACAAAAAUGAAGCAUCUUCAAGUGACAAAGACGAGGAAUUGAAAAAAUGGAAUUUGAUGCGUAUCCGAGAACAUAAACAUCCAUAUGAAGAUAAAAGUGGAUGGGUGAGUCUGGAACCUGUGCCUUGGUCACUUUCGAAAAUAUCGAAAUGGCAUAGUGAGAAAAAGCCAGUCAAAAAACCAGAGAUGUCGUACGACGCCAUAGAAAAACCAUGGGAAGCAGAUUUGGUGACGAGUGAAUACAACGAUGUACCUUCUAAACCAACUUGGUACCAGAAACCAAGACCCUAUAAGAUCAAACCAGCUUCACAAUACAAACCAGUGCAAACCAACAAUUAUAAUGAGGAUGAGGAAAUCGAGCAGGAUAACUAUUACCAGAUGAACAGACCGACCAUAGUAGUCCAACAACCGGAAUAUUCAGAAGCAGAUUCUUCUUACGAUCACAAAGUUCAGAUUCAUUACAACAUGGAUCCAGGAUAUGAGGGACAUAAACAUUUCAUUAAAAGACCGAGCCAUCAUACUCACAGAUACGACACUAAAACUCACAAAAACUGCCAUCAUGAUCAUUCAUCUGAAGAAAUAAUAACCGAUGAUCAACCUUCGAAUUUUCCAAAUAGAAGGAAAUCUUCAGAAAUACCAGAAAACCAUCCUUUUACAGGAAAUGGAGAUUGGAUACUCCUCUCUACCACGAAAGGCUAUAAAAGCCCUAAGACUCGCCAGAGAUCUCUUCAGAUAACUUCGAGCCCAAUGCAAACUGAGUCCACAAGAAAAAGUAUUCAGAUUAUUCCCAACUCUAUAGCAACCACACAGAAGGACAUGAAUGUUAAACAAGGUGUUCAAUUCUCCACGGGCUUGGAUGACAGAGAACCUGAUUCAGUUGGUUUCAAGAAAGGGGUUCAACUAACUGUUCUACCUCCUCUAAAAAGUUCCAAGGUCAAUAUGACCACAUCCCAUGGAGGUUUACUUCAAGUGGAAUCAACCUUUGAGACCGUCGAACAAGCACAGCAGAGACACGCUAGAAAAGUUAAGGGUAACUUCAGAAAGAAACCACUGAGAACUACAGUUGGAAAAAAAGUUAUAAGAAGACCUGCUGUACAAAAACUAAAUGUUGCCUUGCCGGUCACCACUUUGAACGAUCGCAUGGGAAGACCUGAUAUAUCUGCAGUUUUAGCAGCUGCUGGUGCUGGUAUGAUACCAGCCACGAUGGCCAUGCUUGUUCCAAUGGCAAUGGGUGGGAAACGAAGACGGAGAGAUACAAGACAUCAAUAUAGAACAUUCUUAUCGUAGUUCAAUUAGAUUUCUCGAAUUUAGGUUUAUUUAUUAAGUUAAUCUGUUUGGAUUCACUUGAGAUGCGUCUUGAUUCUAGGUGACUGUUUUGAUCAGGUCUGUUUAAUUCGUGUCAAUUUUUUGUUAUUAUAUCAGUAGGUGUGAAAAAUAAUGAGCAUCAGAGCAUAACUCAUGUUGACGAAAUUAUAUCUGUGAUAUAUUCUAUAUUUUUUAUUGGUGGUAAUUAAUUUUACUGUACUCAUCAGUAGAUAAUUGAAUAAGUACAACAUAUAGGUACCUUGAUGAUGAAUAUCUAAAAUAAAAUAUAAUUAUUUUUAUUCAGAAUUCA